AUGACAUCCCAACUCUUCGUCUGCUUUCUUUUAUGGUUGCGUUUCGUCACCCUCCUUAUAGGGACGGUGUCGUGCGUUGGUGGCUCCGACCGUAGCCAUCAUCACCGCGGCGACUCGAGCUCAUCCGCUCCUGACGCUCAAGAGCAAACAGACUCGUACUCGUUCCCCAAAAGGUUCGCGUUCACCGAUCCAAUGUCUGGACGGCCGAUGACAGAGUCCUACUACGACCAUAUCGCCCAGCUCGCCUCGGCUCAAAUCGACAAGACCAAUUACUACUCUCAUAGCUGGCGCUCGAUUCGCUCCGGCGGCGAUAAUCAGAUAAAAAGUGCCGCACCGACCAGCCUCCCUUCCGAUCUCUCUAAAAAUCCGCGCUAUCUAGAGUACUCUGUUGGCGACUCACACGUACCUACAGUCUUCAUCAAGGUGGCCGACGAGAUGCCUCAUAAUCCUAUGGGCGCGUACAAUCCGGACAUCAUCGUCUACAUGCAUGUUAUUCGCGUAUGGCGCGACACCGAUGCAAAGUAUCAGCUCGAGCCCAAACUUGUGCUUCGUGGACGCCCCCAGGAUGCUUCCUCUUCCACAAGGAGACCGCCUCCGUAUCGGGUCAUUUGGGAAAGGGAGCAUGCGUACAGACGGGGCUGGGAGUGGAUCAACGACCUCCCCAGAGUCUUCGCUUCCAAAUCUCUGGGCAAUAUAGAGCGGCUAGGGUACAUACCCUCUACCAUCGAGCGCCAGGUGGCCUUGUUACCGCACGAAAGCGAUAGCAGCCGCUACUCUUCCUAUUCAACGGACGAAAUGGUCGACCUCCUCGAACAAAGCCGCGAGUACAUGGCUCAAUUUGCUCCGAUCGAGAAGCAGGAUGCUCUCAUGUGGUACGGCUUGAUGACGGCGCGGAUCGACAGAGAUCGUCAGCACACGCCGUGGUUCCAGGCGCCCAUAUUCAAAAACUUCGAUCUGGCUGGCGGCCAGAUGCAGUUGGAGACGUACAUUUCAAACGGUGAAACUCCACCUGUCCUUGACCGUGUCAUGUACGCCUUGUCUCCUACUCGCAAUCGCCUCGUACCUCGGGCCGUCGUUCGGCCGGUGCAAGUCAUGCCAGAGGUGCGCUUCGAAACAAUCUUUAAGAUUCCCACGAGCCUUCAAGAGCUUUCGAGCAUCGAUUUGGCCUACACCCCUCAGCUCGCCCGUCCUCAGCGGACCCAGGCGGAGAAGUAUCGUCCACUGAGGCUCAUGAUGGAUCGACCGCGACCCAUCGGACAUCCUCUUGACCUCUUUCCACCAGGCCAUCUGUCUCGCUCCGCCAUGGACAGAAGCAACAGGGCUGCAAGUGCGGAGUCGUCACGCCGGGGCGGCCGAGAGCGAGCAGAAGCCAGCACAGAUCGACCGCCUCGACCGCCUCUUCCUCCGAGCUUGAAGGACGAGGUCAGCGACUUGAAGAGAGAGAAAGAAGAGGAACUCGUUUCGAGGCAGAGAAUGCACCUGUCUUCCGACGACGCACAGAGGGCCUCGGGAAACAUCGUGGGGCCCGGCGAGGAGCCCGAGUCUUUCUUGCCGUCGAGUCCAGAGCUCGUGCACGAUAUAGAGAUGCCCCAAUCUGCCAUUCUGAGGCACAUGGAGCCGAUUCAGUCACAAGCAGGCGGGGCACAAGCACUCCACAAUGAUCAUCGACAAUUCCUGCCCCCUCGCUUGGAACACCGACUCGUACCGCAACCAGCGCAGCCUCGCCAGCAAGUCAGGCUCCGCCGUCCUCGAUACGACGGUCCGAAUCCGUACGAGGCUCCUCAGGAGAACGCUAUCGAUGUCCUGAUGGCCCACCUCAACCCACAUGUCGAGGACGCCUGGCGCUAUGGGGAUGCCUGGCGCUAUGGUCACCCUUGA